CAUAAUAUUAGUGGCCCUUAAACAAGUAUUAAACUAAUAUUUAGUUCGCACCAACACAAAUUAUCGAAAUGUACACAGUGUAAAAAAUUAUUGGAUUUUAAAGUGAAAUGGAUAAGCACUUGAUGUUAAUUUUUAUUCAGUCUACAUAUCUACCUUUGGAAUAAGUUCAAGUGAAGUAUGAAUAUAAAAAGUAGAAACUAAGAUCUUUUGUGAAGAAUACAUUUAAACAAAAUUUUAUCUUAAUCAAGAAAAAAAGUAAUAAACACCGAGAGCCUUCCCUGAUUUAUUUAUUAUCCAUAACUACUGAAAAAAAUUCUGCACUGCAAGUAGAUAAUUUGUCAUCAUCAGUAUUUCAUGAAGUAAAUAAAUGUAGUUUAAAAAGCACACUAAACUAAAAAGUUAAAAACAAUUUUUGAAAUAAGUUUUGAACAAUAAUGAAUGAAAAAUACUAGUAUAAUAUGGAAUAAAACACCACACGUAUAAUUACUUCGCUGCUUAUAUAUCAACAUCUUAUCAAAACUUGUAUCGAGCCAUAACGGUGUAGUUGGUAAGGCUGUCGAAGUGCUCAACUCCCAAUACGAAGAUCGGAGGUUCGAGUCCUGUAUCGAACGAAAUUUCUAUCAAAUAAGCCAUUUGCUCUUAGUCCAAAGGAGAGUUAACCGUAAACAAACAAACAAAGUUACAAACUCACAUACAUCUGACAUCCACUUGGAAGUUUUUCAUAUUCAUUGUCGUGAAAGUCCUUGGAUUUUCUCGGUAUAGGUUUUGCAUUGCCGUUACAGUCUCCUUUGCAAUUUCCCCAGCAACAGAAACACAAAUUAUAGUAAUGUACUCAGUACCAUUGAUACAUGAAUAACUAUAAUUUGUUUCUAAACCUGACACUCGUGAAAGCCGUUUACACUGUGACAUAAUCGGUGUCAGAAUUAAUUUAAAAAUAAAAUAAAUAAUGGCGUUUGUACGAUUGCUUCUAACUUCCCAAAGACUGCAAAGCUAUAAGAAUGCAUUAAUAGAGGAAAAACAAGAAGCUAUUAAAUAUGAAACUACGAAAAGAAGAAGGUUCAAAUUUGCCUAUGUUGGAAUCAAAAUUCAACAACGAUUAAAACAAUUAAGGAGAAGAAUAGGAUACUGUUGUUGUUGCAAAAAAUUUUGCUUUAAUCUGAAACAUUCGGGAAGCGUGCAGAACUAUGUUUUCAAAAGUAUCGUUGGGUUUUUCGGAGGAUUAUUUUUGACUUAUAUAUUGUUUAUGUUUUUCAUUUUUCAAUUGAAUUUAACUUUUUCCACUGCUACUAUCAUAUGCUCCAUUUUGGGAUGCAUUUUGGUUAACGGAUUGGCCUUCAGUUCUAAAGUCAGGUGUGUGGUGUUAUUAACAUUACCUCAUUUCUUCUCCGAAAGAGGUCGCCAAUUACUAGUUGCUUAUGCUUUAAUUUUGGUUGUUUCUGGUCCUGUUAAAAAUAUUUUGAAUAAUCUUGGGAUUCUAAGUGAGUCUCUUGCAUGUGGACAAGAGCAACUUAAAUCAAUUGUUAGACAAAUCGUGGAAGUUAUAAAAAAACCAUUUUAUGCUCUAAAAGAUGCUAUUAAAAAGGUAAUAGAAACUGUGAAGAAAAUUAUCAAAAAAAUCAAAGAAAUAUUGAUAAAAAUAAAAAGAAUUGUUAUGGCGAUACUUAGAGUGAUAAAAGCAGCUUUUAUGUUUCUGGCGAAGAUAAUAAAUAUUUGCAAUAAAGAGCUCGGUACACCUUUUGAAAGAUGUAGCAGAGUUUUUGACAACGCGAUUGCCGACUGCAAUGCUAAACUGGGCUCUUUCUUCAGCUGGAUGUGUUCUAUCACAUAUAUAGUUAAAUCUGUCUGCUACUUAGUGAAGAUAUUCGAUUUUGUCUGUAUGAUCGUUGAUUUUUUCAAAGAUUCAAUUAUCGGUGUAGUAGUCAGAAAAAUAAAAGGAUUCAUACGACACAUACGUACAAUGUUCUACGUUAGGAUAAGAUUUUCACACUCGUACCAUUUUGAAAGUAAAGCUUCGAAGAGUAUAUCUGUGAUAUCUAAGGAAAUAUUGGAGGAAAUAAGAGAAAGAACACGGGUUCUUUCGACUGUUUUCAAUUUUUUUUCGUCGACAGCUUCGUUGUUCUUCAUAUUUAUGAUUGUGAAAGUUAUCAUUUAUAGAUACAGAUUCCUGACAAGUGAUAGCUUCGACAACAAAUUCAUUACCAAAGAUUUUUUCAAAAUUGAUAUGAAAAGGGCGAAAAUUAAUAGAGAAACUGUUCUUCCACUCAAUUCAAGAGAACGGAAGAUAUAUGUUAAUAUAAAAUCAACAAAAUUAACUGAUGUUGAAAAGAAAAAAUUGAAGAAAGCUGUCACAACUUUGGCUACUAUCAACAUGAAGGCCGCAAUUUACAUUGGUAUAGAUUACUGUUUAUACUGGAUUUUGAAUUUAAUAAGCUAUUAUGGAAGGUUUCAGUCCAAGGUUCAAGCACCGAAUAUCCCUACUCCUCAUAUAAGUGGUAAAGGACUAUUGGCUGAUCUUCUGAGAAGUAUUGUUUUGGCGUUUCAACCAAUGGGUUUACAAAUUGAAGUCGAUACAGUACCAUGUUUGCCUACCCCUUUGCCUCCUGAUUUGGAUCGCUACAUUCAGAUAGCUACGUUAUUGAUGCUUUGUUGGUUACUGACUCUUUUCGAACCUUAUGGUUUAAGGUUUAGGACAUUUAUAAUGUGCUAUUAUCAUCCGCUAAGAGGGAAACAAAGGGCAAUUUGGUUAUAUAAUAAUAUUUUGAGAAAAAGGACAUCGUUUUUGAAAUUCGCAAGAAGACAGCUAAGAAGAACAGUACUUUCCGACAAAACAGUUGAAAAAGUUAAGAUAUCAGAGUUUUUGGCAGCUAAUUUCAGGUGUUUUACAAUGUGUCUGGAUAAACAGCAAUUAGCGUGUCUGCUUUGUGGAAAGAUCUUUCGAGAAAAUGAUACAGAAAAACCAAUAAGAUGUCAAACCCCAAACUGUCCCGGUUUGUAUUGCGAAGAAUGCUUCGCUGAUUUGAGGAAUUUAUGUACUGUUUGCCUAUCCCCCAUUGAUUAUGGUGAUUUAUCCGAUUUAAGCGAAGAAAAGGAUUCUUCUGAGGAAGAAAUACCGCCAAUACGAGAAAGAAAAAUCAAAGAUGGCAAACGAAAGAAAACAAAACGUUGUAUAUCCGCUUUCAAAAUAUGUUCAAGGAAACGGGAAACCUUAGAAGAAGAACCAUUGUUACCCAUCACAGCUCAAGACAAACAAAAAAGAGGAUUUUUUACAAGAAUUUUCUGUAGAGAACAGAAAAAGAAUAGUGCACACAUAGAAGAUUUUUCUCUUUAUAAACAAAAAUCGAAAAGUCAUGUAUCGAAACUUUCCCAAGUUGAGCUUAACGAAGAGGAAGAAGAUAACGUAGAAGAAUAUUCAAGCAAAGAAGAAUUGGAAGGAGCAGACAUGGAAGUCGUGAAUCUCUUGGAAAACUCAGAUACAGAAACAGACUCGGGUCAAGUUACUGGAACCGAUACAUCUACGGAUUAUUCUUAUUCCUAUCAAUACUCCAAAGAUAAGAACGGAAUAGAUCCAUUGGAAAUUCCAUCCCGAGACGUAGAAAAGCAGUCCAUUCCGGAUUAUGCCAGUAUGGACAGUUUUAGGCAAGGAAUAGAUCAAUACAAGCAAGAAUUUACUUCUGAUGAAGAAAAUGUUUCAUUGGUCUCAAAUGGAAACGAUACUGAUGUAGAAGAAAAUGAAGAACUUCAGAGACUUCUGGUAGGAACGGAUUCUUCGAAAAUCAGUACAAGCGACGGUACACUCGAUAAUACGUCUGCUCAGAAAAGUUUUACAGAGUUGACGUCUACUGAAAAAGUUGAAGAACGAAUAGAUAUAGGAACUACUAUUUCAGGUGACACUAUGGCUAGAUUGAGACAAAAUCAGCACAUCGAGUUCAUUGGUGUGAAAAACACUGACAUGGAAAAAUCAAAAAUAAAACGUAAAAGAAAGAAGAAACCAAAAAAUGAUGACAGUAUAUGCAGUUGCCUGGAUUCUGAAGAUGCAAUUAGAUAUCUGGAGAAACCAUCAGCAGCUGUAAUAAGAAAAAGUACUACCUUUACAAGUACCCAACGUGAAAGACGCCCUAAUAGGAAAAGAAGAUUAUGUGAAUGUAGACAAAAAAUGUGUAAAUGUAAUAUAUCAUUAAGUUCGGAUGAACCCAACAGUAGUGAUUCUUUUCCAUUCAAGUCUUCAACUGAUUUAAGUUCAUCACUUCAUCAUAAAAGAGAAGAAAAUUAUGAGGAAUUCGAAAUGAAAGAGAAGGAGGAACGGCAUAAAAGUACCCAAGUUAGACAAAAACCAAGGAAACCUAAUAUGCUGAAGAUGUUUAUGAAAAAAAUUAGACCAAAGUACAAAAUCCAAAAGGAAAAAUAAGACUAUUAGCAAGAAGAAUAAGAAUAUUGUGAUAAUAUAACACUUUUAUUAUAAUAUUUCAAUCAAUUUUUGGUGGAAGAAUCAAACAAGGUGAAGUUAUUCAAAUAAACCUAAAUGAACAGUCAUAAGAGAAUAAAAUGGACGGGGAACUUGGAAUCAUUGAUUUUGUCAUACCACUCCUCUGAUUCAGAUCAGCCCUAAUAGGUAUCCUUUAAUGUCGCCGAGUGAGGUUUUAGAAUUAGAAUUGUGUAAAGUAAAAAUAAAUUCCAUAAACUUAUUUAAAGCAAAUUUACUGUAUGUUUUCUAAAAUUCCUAAUUUUCCCACUUCACAAAUAUGAAUGUACUCUUAUUGGAAUUUGAUAAAAUAAACCGAUUGGCUGAUA